AUGAAGCUGCAUCUGCAAGAGCUGGAUGAGGUCUACACCAUCACACUGCCCAGUGCCAUUGUCAAGGGCAUCUUCUUCGGUACCAUGAUGGUUGAAUUGGGUGGGACUGUCAAGGUCGAGAACAUGAACAACGGACUUGUAGCAGAGGUGGACUUCAAGCAGAAGCCAAUGAUUGGCGGGCAGUAUUGUGCUAUUUCAGGCGGGAUCAG